AUGACCGGCAGAUCUUUCACUGUCAACGGGGCAGCUUGCGGAGCUGAGGCUCUAGUGUUGGCCCUCAUCACCUCUCUUGGAGGCUUCCUGUUUGGAUAUGACACUGGUCAAAUCUCGGCUAUGCUUUUAUUCAGAGACUACGUCGAUCGCUUCGCUCAAACAGAUGAUGACGGUACCAAAUACUGGGUACCCGCCAUUCAAGGUAUCCUCGUGUCUCUUAUGAGCAUCGGAUGUCUUAUUGGAGCCCUAUCAGGAUCCUACACUGCAGACUGGUACGGUAGAAGAUGGAGUCUCACCAUUUUCGUCGUAAUCUUCCUCCUCGGCAAUGUCAUCCAAAUCACAGCCAUGUACUCAUGGGUCCACAUGAUGAUAGGCCGUCUAAUCGCGGGUCUUGGUGUCGGCGCCCUCUCAAUCGGCGUACCCAUGUUUCAAAGCGAGUGUGCACCACGAGAAAUCCGCGGCGCUGUCGUGUCAUCAUAUCAGCUCAUGAUCUGCUUCGGCAUUCUCAUCUCAAAUAUCGUCAACUAUGGCGUUCGAGAGAUUGAGGAUAAUGAUGCGUCGUGGCGAAUUGUUAUCGCUAUUGAGAUGGCGUUCUCGAUUCCCCUUGGUCUGGGAGUCUUGGCUUGUCCUGAGUCCCCCAGAUGGCUUGCUAUGAGGGAGGAUUGGGAUGGUGUGAGGACGUCGCUAGCGAGAUUGAGGGGCAUGAUGAGUGAUGUCAAGAACCCUCUCGUUGAGGAUAAUAUCCAGGAGAUGAGGGUCCUGCUUGAGGAGGAACGAAAGGUUGGGCAGGGAAGCUGGAUGGAAUGCUUUGGCGUGCAUAACAAAGCGCCAAAGGUGCUGUACCGGACUCUGCUUGGAAUGGCUGUUCAGUUCUUCCAGCAGUGGACUGGCGCCAACUACUUCUUCUACUACGGAGCCACCAUCUUCGAGUCCGCUGGUAUCGAUGACCCUAUCCUGGUUCAACUCAUCCUCGGCGCCAUCAACGUCGGAAUGACCUUCUUCGGCAUCUACUCCGCUGAAAAGUUCGGUCGACGCUGGCCUCUAAUCAUUGGUGGUUUGUGGCAGACGGCUUGGCUUCUCAUUUUUGCAUCUGUGGGAACAGCCAUCGAUCCCGAAGGCAGCAGCACGAGUGGAAUAGUCAUGAUUGUUUCUGCUUGCAUGUUCAUCGCCUCUUUUGCUGUCAGUUGGGGUCCCCUCGGUUGGGUCGUUGUCGGAGAAGUCUUUCCCUUGCGCACUCGUGCAAAACAGGCUUCGUUGGCUACUGCAAGCAAUUGGCUUGCGAACUUCCUCAUCAGCUUCCUGACUCCCUUCGCCGACGCCGGUAUCUCUUACGCCUUUGGCUACGUGUUCGCUGGGAUGAACCUGAUUGGUACUAUUAUCGUAUACUUCUUCCUAUACGAGUCCAAGACUCUCAGUCUCGAGCACAUCGACAUGAUGUACUGUCUGCCUGACCUCAAGGCAUGGGAAAGCGCGAAGUGGACACCGCCAGGAUAUGUCAGCCGUGAGAAGAAGGAUGAGUCGUACUUCGAGGAGAUGGCAGCUGGAAAGGAUGCAGAGAAGGUCGUUGUUCAUAGCGACAGCGGGGUUGAGUGA